AUGGCCAGCGGCAGCCCCGCCAAGAUGGACAGCAGCGCCAGCCAGCCGCCGCCGCCCCCGCCGUUCCUGCAGCCCGCCUGCUUCUUCGCGGCGGCGGCGGCGGCGGCCGCAGUGGCCGCCUCUCAGAGCGCGCAGCAGCAGCAGCAGCAGCAGCAGCUGAGCCCGGCGGCGGCGAGCAGCCAACAGAGCCAAGCCUCUCCCGGGGCCGCCAAGCAAGUGAAGCGGCAGCGCUCGUCGUCGCCGGAGUUGAUGCGCUGCAAGCGGCGCCUCAACUUCAGCGGCUUCGGCUACAGCCUCCCUCAGCAGCAGCCGGCGGCGGUGGCGCGGCGGAACGAGCGCGAGAGGAACCGCGUCAAGCUGGUCAACCUGGGCUUCGCCACGCUGCGCGAGCACGUCCCGAACGGCGCCGCCAACAAGAAGAUGAGCAAGGUGGAGACGCUGCGCUCGGCCGUCGAGUACAUCCGCGCGCUGCAGCAGCUGCUGGACGAGCACGACGCCGUCAGCGCCGCCUUCCAGGCCGGCGUCCUCUCGCCCACCAUCUCCCCCAAUUACCCCAACGACAUGAACUCCAUGGCAGGCUCGCCUGUCUCGUCGUACUCCUCGGACGAAGGGUCCUACGAUCCGCUCAGCCCCGAAGAGCAGGAGCUGCUGGACUUCACCAACUGGUUCUGA